CUGAAAUGCCGACCUACCAGGAAUGUUCCACACAGUCUGAGGAAGCCUUCUGGCCUGGACAAAUUGGUUUUCGGAAGUGCAGAGACUUUCGUCCCUACAAAGGCGAAAUUGUCCAAGACCCUGAACCGGAGAACGUCAGCUUGUUUUUUUCUGGAACUUUUCACAGGGACAGUAAUCAAGCAUUAAACAUAGAAGGAGUUGAGACGUGGAUACAUAGACCUUAUGAGGUUGAACACCCACACUUUGAUGACAUAGCGGUUUAUUUCACGGAAGAGGAGUGGGCGUGUUUAAAUGACAAAGAGAGGAAGCUUUAUAAGAAGGUGACGAUGGACAAUUACUGGAACCUCAUGGCUGUAGGGAAGAUCAGUGUAACACCCCCCGGUGAUAUCAAAGAUUGAGAGAGGAGAAGAGCCCUGCAUAAGGAGCCUACCGGAGACCAAUCACAAGCAGUUCCCUGACUCUGACAGCAGAGACGGCCCUACAAGCCAGAAUUUCUUCGGUCAACGUUAUAAUAUUCAGCGCUUCUACGAACGCUUGAAAAUGAUCACCACUCCCAUCCGCCUCACCAUGGCCGGUCUGACUGUGACCAGAAGAAUGUCUGACCCAUCGUCUUGUGAGCCAUCGCAGGCUGUCCAGGGUGAGGACAGGAUUCGAGACCCCGGCGACCAAUGUCCUUUCAAGCCUUUCCUGAAGGAGAAAAAAACGGUGGUCAACGAGAGGCCCUUCCGUUGCAUCAAAUGCGAACGAACUUUCAAGCGAUUUGGCAGUCUCAGCAGUCACUAUCAAAGGGUGCACCAAAGCAACAAAGACCUCACUUGUUCUGAAUGCGGCAAAAAAUUCUCAAAAAUGAAAGCUCUCCUCCUUCAUUUCAUGAGACACACGGGAGAGCGGCCCUUUGCUUGCACGGGUUGUGGAAAGACGUUCGCGUCCCAGGUUUGUCUCAACAACCAUUAUGGGUUGAAUUUGAAGAAGAAGCAGUACGAGUGCGUGGAGUGCGGGAAGCAAUUUGGCCUCAAACACAGCCUCAUCAAACACGAGAAGCUUCACCAAAUAGACAACCGCAACGUGUGUCUGGUCUGCGGGAAGGAGUUUGCGCACAAGUCCACCCUUCGGCUCCAUGAGAGAAUCCACAACAGUCAUUACGUCUGCUCGCAAUGCGGCCGAUAUUUCAGCCUCAUGGAGGACUGUCAGAAGCACAUGCUAGAGCACAGGCAGAUGCAACUGUUUAAUUGCACCGAAUGUGGAACCGCCUUCCUCUAUGAAAGCCAGCUCAUCGAACAUCAAAAAUUUCACCAG